UUGGCACCGGAACCGGGCAUAUGUGUACCCGGGCAGUUAAACGGCGAUGCCCGCAGCUGUUUGGACAAGUGGAACGUUGUGAACCACAGUGAACUUAGGCUGUAUUUUUACGUCUCAGCCCCCUUUUCUUUUGCGUCAAAAGCGCCAUUGACGCCAAAUGUCAAAUACACAUUAAUAUAGUAAAAUGGAUGAUAUUAGAGGUAGAUUACUACAGCAAUAGCGCACGUCAGUAUGAGUAAAAAUGAUGACGAGACCUUAGUGUAUUUUUGAUGGCAUAAAUGACCUUUGCUAUUGGUACACAUGUAUCAAUAUAUUAUAAUUACAUUCCGAGUAAACGAAACGUGUUUCAGAUGUGUUACAAAGAGAAUUUCCAGCUGUGCACUUCGUUCACUUAGUUUCUACGGUAGUAUGUCAGUACAGUAACUGUAAUGUGACAGUCUCUGGAAAACUGAACACUUAGUACUAGAUGAUAGUUUUUUAAACAUUUAUAACGCCAAUUCGGUAUGAGCUGUAUGCAUGCAAAUGAGAUAUGAAAAAACUUAAGAAUUAUCCGUAAUGACCAACUGAGCCACGACAAGCGCGGGAUGCGCACUGUUAUAGUACACAAGUCAAAACAAAGUAUCGUCGGGUAGCUGCCAUCACCAGAAGUUUUCCACCACGGUAUCAACUGUAGUAGAUGUUUCAGAAGGUGUUGAAGACGACAAGGCCUAAUGUGUAUCCGUGCUACUAUGCCCGUAUGAAGUGGGCUCGUGCAAGGUAGAUAGCUAAUCUAAGAAUGGACCGUAAAUCGAAGCAAAAAGAAGGAGCUUAAAACUUUUAAUAAGCUACGAGGAAAGCACUGGACAAGUGAUCACAUACGGAGAUGCCCCUGAGAGAUCCGUUUGAGCCGGGAGAUGGUCUUUCUGUAAGAUCAUUUCAGAAACAUCUAUGCCUUGCCUUGCAUGCCCGAAGAUGCCGACGUCCGGAAGGACAGUGCGGGGUUUCAUACUGCAGCACAAUGAAGACUGUGCUCGAUCACAUUACGCAGUGCGUGGGUCCUGGAGAUUGCAGGGUUCCAUUAUGUCCCACUACACGCCGAAUAAUGUCGCAUUGGCUUUCCUGCACCCAUCUGAACUGUCCCUUGUGUAGAACGAUGUUGCCGUCUCGGAUUCAACGCGAGCGACCCCUUUUAGAUGAAUUACAAGCUCGCCGGGGACAGGCGGAUUUAGCUGCUCAUGGCGCCAUUCAGGUUGUCCAGCCUGCUCCCCAUGCUCCACUGAGGCGGUUGCUUGCACCUCAGCAGAUAGCUCCCAUUGAGCUGCGGGGGCUAGUUGUCGAGCGUGAAGGUAGUGCUCAAAAUAGCAUGUCAACAGAUAUGCAGCGAGUCUAUGCUGGUCUAGGCUUGCCGUAUUUUGCACCAACUCAGGAUACGAAUCAGGAAAACCAGGAAAGGAGACCGCCAUCGACCAAUACGGACCGUUCACUCUCUGCAGAACUUGACUCAUCAUCAGGCGAACCAGAAAGGCAAAAUGGCGAGGAUCUAACUGAUCCUAACGAAUGGAAAAGUUUCGUUACCCUCGACCAACGAGAACAUCUCGUUGAUAAGAUCGUCCAGUUCCUCUCAGAUCAAUACCCGUCAAUCCCUCGAGUUUUCCUGAACCCCCGAAUAGCUAAGAAGCUGGAGUCCUCGAUGCUCGAAAAGGCCGGCUCGCGAAAAGAAUACUACGAUCUGGUGGCCGCGAAGAUCUGCCUCAUGGAACGAGAAUUCCGACGCUGGCAAUUGCCCCAACGCGCGGCGCAUUAACAAAUGGAUUAACAGACUCUAUCUGUUUUCGUGUUAAUAUUAUCCGAUAUAUAUUGUUAAAUUAUCGUUUGUAUCUCAAAGAUCAUUCGAAAGUAAUAGAGUCACAGGAUAUGUUAUCGGAGGUUAUACCUAGUGUAAUUUUAUUGCGUAAUGAGAUAAGAAUACUAAUAUAUUAGAUAUAUAAAAGUGUAUGUAAAAGUUAGUUGUGUUCAAACACAUACGUGUGUUAAAUAAAGUAUGA